CCACUCGCUGUAUUGACACUAAACGGACGUAAACGUCUGUGUAAGUAGCUCAAGCUAUCCCUGACGUUAACAUGCAAUCCGGUUUUCAAGAUUCUGACAUUUUAUCUUAUCUCACCCUUCCCCAGGACUACAAUCCUCUUCCAAGUGUCGAUCCCAUCGAGUUUUUGAAAAGACAUUUACAUGAGCUACCUCCCAACAUCAUACAGCGAUUCUCACUCGUCACAACACCAAAACAACGAACAACGAUUACUGAGAUACGUAAUCGAAGACUGAAAUUUACUGAAUCAAGGCCACGGUCUCUGAGCUUCGCAGUUGCCCGAAAUACCUGGCCAACACUGUGGCAGGGCAGAGAACGACGAGGACAAGAAGAAGGGAAGGAGGAGCAGGAAUGGGCAAAAAUGAAUUUCCUAGGUGGUUCAGAACAACAGGUGGGCAACCUGGCCAAGCUACUCGGCGACAUGGAGGAGGAACGGGAAGCAGAGAGAGUACGAUAUAUCCAGAGAACGCAGGCGAACGAUGAUUUUGUCCCGGAAGAGGAAAGUGACAGUGAAGACGAAGACGAUUCAGAGUAUCCUGAAAUUCAAGAGCCUGAAUCUCCACAAGAGGCUCAGGCGUUGUUUGAAAGACGCAUAAGGGAACGAUUCAUAUAUGGCUUGCUUGAAGGAGCAGAUUAUGAUUCAGUUGACUGGGAUGAGUGGCUUGAUGUAGAUGAUGAUAGAAAUGCAGAAGAGCGGUGGUUUGACGAUGAUUGACGGACAUCAGAUAUAUUUAGUAGAUUCUCGGUAUCGUCCCGCCGGGAUGCUGCUCCAGUAGGACCAGAGCUCCGGAUGCUGAAUCUUUUUGCUUGCCC